UGGCUCCAGCUCCGCCCAGCGUCCGGCCUAAGUCCAGUCGCGAGUCCGACCCGCCUCGUCACGUCUGGUCCCAAGCCCAUCCCCAUCCACCCAGACCCAGGCCUUGGUCCCUCCAUUCCAGUGUCAGACAUCAUCGUCACCAACACCCCCCAGCGGCCCUUCGUCACAGCGCAACGACGAUUCUCACGGCCUUGGACGGACGAUUGUAACGGUCGACUCAUACCGCCUAUCCUGCCCACAGCUGCGACCGCGCGACGACAACGAAACAGCCAGCGACCAUGUCGGUCAAGUUCGAGAAGACGACGGAGGAGACGGUCAAGGCCGCGCAGAAUGUCAUGUCGGGCGCCGAGGGCGGCCACCUGCCAGGCACCAGCGGCAAGCACCCCGUCGCCGCUGCGAUCGGCACCGCCUUGACGGGCGGCAAGGACAUGGCGGGCGUCAAGGGCUAUCUCGCGGCAUACAUCAAGCAGAUUGAGGAGAACCCGCUGCGGACCAAGAUGCUGACGGCCGGCACCCUGGCCGGUGCGCAGGAGCUGAUUGCGUCCUUCUUGGCCAAGGACCGCAACAAGCACGGCAACUACUUCACCUCGCGCGUGCCCAAGAUGGCGGCGUACGGUGCGCUCAUCAGCGCGCCCCUGGGUCACUUUCUCAUCUGGCUGCUCCAGCUGACCUUCCGCGGACGCACCAGUCUCAAGGCCAAGAUCAUGCAGAUCGUGGUCAGCAACUUGAUUAUUGCGCCGAUCCAAAACAGCAUCUACCUGGUCGCCAUGGCCCUGAUUGCUGGCGCUAGGACGUACCACCAGGUGCGCGCCACCGUCAAGGUCGGCUUCUGGAAGGUGAUGCGCGUCUCGUGGAUCACCUCGCCCAUCUGCCUGGCCUUUGCGCAGAAGUUCCUGCCCGACCAGCUCUGGGUCCCCUUCUUCAACAUUGUGUCGUUUAUCAUCGGCACCUACAUCAACACCGUCACCAAGAAGAAGCGUCUCGCAGCGCUCCGCAAGAAGCACUUUGGUGACAACCGCAACAGCGGCAUGGGCCGCCCCGAUGAGUACAACGGUGGAAUGGGUCCCAACCCGCCCUACUAGGCUGCUGAUGCGGAUGGUUGUGAGGCUGUGUGGAGGACUGGGACCUGGAACUCGUCUUGAGGACUUGUAUGUAUAAAGUAUGAGCAAAAGGAACCGGAUAGCGAGCAAGGUGUCGCGUAGGACAGGGAAGAUUUCUGUGGAUGAUGUUGAGAGGCUCUUUGUACAAACUUCCACCUGGACGUCACGUUAUGGUUUAUGUAUGCGGCGCGGUAGAUAUUUAGGGUGUUGUGUCGUUUCGACCGAUUGGAUAUACACU